AUGGGGAAAGGAACCGACAAAUUGUACAUCACACACUCGGAGUGGUCGUCGUCGGACGCCUUCGGUAAUGCGCGCGGCGCAAACAGCGCCAAUCGAGCUUCCGCUGCCGGCCUGUCGUCGACCUUCAAGCGCCUCCCCUUCAACUACUGCGCCGUCUCGCUCCAGCCUUUCACCGAUCCCGUAUGCACGUCGUCGGGCACCAUCUUCGAUCUCACCCACAUCCUCACAUGGCUGUCUAAACACCCCGAUACGAAUCCCGUCGACGGAACGCCAUUGAAGCGCGCCGACCUCAUCACGCUGAACUUCACCAAGAACGAGGACGGCGAAUACGUAGAUCCCGUCACAUACAAGGUCUUUACAGACAACACCCAUAUCGUUGCGCUGAGGAAAAGCGGCAAUGUCUUUGCGUGGGACACGGUCGAGAGAUUGAACAUCAAGGCGAAGAACUGGCAAGAUCUGGUCAGCGACGACCCGUUCACGCGAAAGGACAUCAUAACUCUCCAGGACCCUCAAAGCAUCGAGUCAAGAGACUUUAGCUCAUACAAGCAUGUCAAGGAUGGAGAAACAGUAGUGGCAGAUGCUGAGGGCGGUGUCAACAAAGAAGCUCUGGGAAACGCGGCCAAGAUUCUCAAGGCGAAAGAGGCCGUCGCGAAGGCGCGUGAAAACAGGAAGAUCAAGGAGCAAGGCGGAACCACAUCCAAGGCGCUUGCCAACUUAUCCAGGAAUGGCACAGCAGCAUCGACAUCCACAGAGCCUAAGAAACCCGCAUACAACGCUGCCGUGUACACUUCAGGCAAAGCUGCUGCCUCCUUUACCUCGACGGGCGUCACGCCGCAUACCUCCGGCGAGCGUGCCCUCCUCUCCGACGAAGACUACAUGCUCAAGCCGAAGCGCAUAAAGAACAAGGGCUAUGCGCGGAUAUCCACCUCACUCGGCGACCUUAACGUCGAACUCCUCCCCGAAUACGCGCCGCGCGCGGUAUGGAACUUUGUCAAGUUGGCACAGAAGGGAUACUACAGCCACACCAUCUUUCACAGGAAUAUCAAGGGCUUCAUGAUACAAGGCGGUGACCCGACAGGCACUGGAAGAGGCGGACAGAGUAUAUGGGGUAAGCCUUUUGAAGACGAGUUCGAAGGACCGGAGAGGCACAACGCCAGAGGUGUACUCAGCAUGGCGAACAAGGGCAAGAAUACCAACACAAGCCAGUUCUUCAUCACGUACCGCGCUGUUCCACAUCUCGACCGCAAACAUACUAUUUUCGCGCGAGUAGUGGGUGGUCUAGACACAACGUUGCGAUCCAUGGAGAUUGCGGAAGUAGGCGAGAAGGACAAGCCUGUCGAUGACAUUGAAAUUCUUAAUGUGGUAGUCUUUGUAGAUCCCUUCGAAGAAUGGCAGAAGGAGCGCAAGGACAAGGAAAACAAAGAACUAGAGGCUGAAGAGAUCAAACGACAAGGCGGUACAGCCGACGACAAGACUACGUGGACAGGCAAACGUAUACGCGCAGAUGGUACAGUGGACAAUGGUACUGGAGAAGGUCUCGGUGUGGGCAAAUAUCUGCAAGCCGCGAAACAGGAAAUGCAAGAACAGGAUGCUGAUGAGAUAGUCGGCUAUGUGGACGACGAGGAGGACGUAGCACCCGUUAAGAAGAAGGCCAAGACAGGUGGUUUCGGUAACUUUGAUGCCUGGUGA